AUGGAAUCGGACAAAGAGAAUUACUUCAACGUGAUUCCCGACGAAUGCUUAGCCAUAAUUUUCCAAUUCCUGGGAUCCAACGACCGCAAAAACUGCUCCCUUGUCUGUCGGAGAUGGUACGCCGUGGAAUCCAUCAGCCGCCACCAGCUGACUGUCGACGUCAGCGUCGGAGUGGGAGCUGACGUCACCCCGCACAUUCCCGCCAUAUUUUCCCGCUACCCUUCCGUCACGGAUCUCUACGUCCGUUCCAGAAGAGAAUCGCAGAGGGUUAGCGACGUAACUCUGAUCCGCAUAGCCGCUCGCUGCCGCAACAUCACGCGACUGAAAGUCCGUCGCUGUCACGGCGUGUCCGGACUCGGGCUGGCGGCUCUGGCGCGCGGCUGCGAGCGGCUGAGGAAAUUCUCGUGCGAUAUUGUCACGUUCGGGUCCAGAGGCAUGAACGCUUUCCUCAACCACUGCUCUUCCCUGGAGAAGCUGACGGUUAGGUCUCUCUGCGGCACCAAUCUCAGUGACGGCGGCGUCGUUCCUGAGCUGGUCGGCGCGGGAGCCGCGGCUUCGUCGUUGAAAUCCGUUUCUCUCAAGUACCUUUACUACGGCGAGCGAUUCGCGCUGUUAAUCGCCGAGUCAAACAAUCUGAAAACCCUGAAGAUUUUGCGUUGUUUUGGGCCUUGGGAUCGCUGUCUAGAGAUUAUUACUAAUCUAAACAAAAGUUUAGUUUCGAUCCAUCUGGAAUCUCUUCAAGUGACCAAUGUCGGCCUUGCUGCCGUGUCAAAAUGUCCCAACUUGGAGACUCUGCAUUUGAGGAUGACGCCCGAUUGGGAAAUGCCGGUUGGAGAAGAAGGCUUGAUCGCCAUUGCUAAGAACAGUAAGAAUCUCAAGGAACUGGUGCUUGACGGUAUGGAGACUAGUAUUACUAGUCUGUCUGCAAUUGCUUCUGGUUGUGUGAAACUGGAAAGAUUGGUUGUUGCUCAUAGUGAGAGUAUUGGGGAUCCUGAAGUUUGUUGCAUUGCCAAGAAAUGUUUGGGUUUGAAGAAGCUGUGUAUCAAUGGAUGCUUGAGGGUGAGUGAUGAGGGGAUUGAAGCAUUUGGUCCGGGGUGUCCGAAUUUGGUGGAGCUUAGUAUGAAGAACUGCAGAGAUGUGAGUGGGGAAGUUGCAGAUUGGUUGAGGGAGAGGAGGCCUUCAUUAGCAGUGAAGUUGGAUAUUGAAGCAGAUGAAAUUGAGAAUGAAGAAGAGUGGGACUGGGUUUUUAGUGAUUGA